GGAAAGCUGACUGAUUAGUUCAACAUCUCAUAUGUAACCUCAUGCAAAAACAUUGUGUCGUACAGCCCGAAGAUCUUCAAAUCCGGCAACCUGUUUCGCUUACGUAGUGCAUACCCCUGUGUUGGAGUCUCAUGGCGGCUUAAGCAAGGUCCACUUCCCCAUGUUAUGCGUUUGAGCAACUUCUACAAUCUUACCGCUCCAAGUGAAUGUCUGCUCCUCAUCCUAUAAUCACAGCUACUCCUCUGACCUCUUUUUGAUCUGACAACGUGUUGCCAAAGCCUAUCAUUGUACGGCCACAAGUGACAAAGCCUAUCAUUGUACCACCACAAGUGAAUCCUUCAACCCUCAUCUCAGGAUCGGAGCAGUUUCUCUAAAUUCUUCUUUACUUGCAAACCUGAAAGCGCAAGAAUGUCGAGAACACCUCUAUUCCUAAACUUUACUGGAGAUUCAAGCCGGAACCGUCAAAUGUCGUGGUUACUGGCAAGUUCAUCAAGAAGGAAGGAGAGAAGAUGGCCUCUAGUACUUAGGUUCUGGAAGGGGAGCGUCCACAGUGAGGUUAUCUGGCCUAUUGCCAUUUUUUCUGCUAUCUCUGCUAUCGUCGUAUAUCUGAACCAACAUAUCAGCAGCGAUGUUACGCUUCCAGCUAGUAUCGUCCCCUCACUAUCCAUCGUCGUCGGUCUGGAACUCGUGUUUCGAAAUCAAACAGCAUAUGCGAGGUUUUGGUCGGGUCGCUCUCACUUUGCAACUCUUACAACCUCAAUUAGAUGUCUCACGCGCCACAUACUUGUACUUGUUCCUGCCCCCGCUCCACCCGAUCAUCAAUACGAUUCAUCUUUUACACAGAAUGAAGGCAGUACGGAUAGCUCAGCAUAUAAAGACUUUGAUGGAGGAGUAGAUGGAGCCCAGCAGCCAAUUUCCAAAGCUCUUGAGGCAAAGACAAUCGAAACAGUCAAGAUUAUGAUAGCGAUGUUGUAUACCGUUAAAAACCACUUGAGAGCAGAUUGGGGCGUGGAACUUAGUUCAGGAACAAUAAUGACUGAAGAAGGCGAUUUUUAUUGGCCAGUAGAAUACAAGGAUCUGCUGCCACAAGGCUUUAAAGGACAUGAACAUAUGGGGUUGGGUCUUACACUUCAGUUGAGUACCUACAUUGAGAAAUUCGUCAACACCGGUUGUAGCUUGAAUUGGUUCAACAAUAGUUCCUCGGCUCAGAUGCUAGCCAAACUUAACGAAUUUGUCUCAGCCUACGGCAACAUGGAAGUAAUUAGACUUGCGCCCACACCAGUCGCGCAUUUAAUCCACAGUGUACAAGUUUUAGCACUCUUCGUGUCCAUUCUACCUUUUGCCAUGGCUGCAGAGAUUGGCUGGUGGACAGUCCCCCUCGUCGCAUUCGUAGCCUUCGCCCUCUACGGAAUUGAAGGGAUCGCCCGGUGGCACGAAGAUCCCUUCGGGACAGACAAGAUUGAUAUCAAUAUGGACGAUCUUGUUGAAGACGCAAGAAGAGAGAUUGAAGUAAUGUUGGAAGCUUGGAAAACUCAAGGGCUAAGUGGAAAUGGAAUUUUCACGCCUAAGUUGAGCACCCCAUUUACGCCACGAGCCGAAUAUGGCACUCUAGGCUGAGAGAGAUUUAGACGAAGCUAUUGAGGCAUAGACACGAUAAAGAGAUACGAAAUUGAUAUGGUUGCAUUUAAAUUGUACUUUGGGGAGUUCUAUGUCGAUUUCCGGUUACGUGGGUUGCGUGAAUUGCAUCAAGGGCAGAUAGUAUUUUAAGGUGGAUCGGUCACUUUUCCUAUUGGCCUGCGAGCACUUUCAUCCUUGCAGAUUGUUUCCAACAUUCAAAGAUGCAUAUUCAGACAUUUUUUAUGGGUGGAAGAUUUCUAAAUUCGUUCAAUCUAGUUUCCGGUAGACGAGGGAUGAGUUGAAUUGGUUUGGGAGCAUUGCUGUUUAUUUGACGGAUCUAUAAGGAUUCCAAUUUCCUGUUGAAUGUCAUCUAGAAACAUCACAAUUUGAGGGUUUGAGUUGUAAUCUUUCUGGGAAAUUAUGCUGAUGAAUUGUUCAAUAAAUACACAAUAACUACA